AUAUCAGCGAGGAUGGAUAAGCUUAAUCCCUUUGGGGCGCUUCAGCGUUCCAUUGAAGCGUUGAAAACGGUGAACAGCAACGCGAAGGAAAAGCUGGUGCACUUCGGACAGAUAAGCGAAACAAUUAUCAAUAUCCGUCCCGGUACGUCCGCGGCGAACUCGCCCAACUACUACGCGCACAUCAGCAGUGCAGUGGCGGUGUUAGUAAUGUUUUGUGAAGAGACUGAUUCUAGUGUUCGCAUGGGUGCGGAAGAAAAUUUGUCCCGUGUAGUGCGACAUUGCGAAUCGACCGGAAACAUCAUCCGCAUCCAGCGGGACCUGUACCACGAAAUCAAGAAAAAUGGAAAUGAACGAUCGCUGCGCACUGUGUUAUCGAUUUUUGCACACUACUGUGGUACUAUCCAACAACGGAAGGCACGAACGUACGCCCAGAACUUGCUGCCCUGCAUUUACUCCAUUUUCAAGCGCCGUGAACCGUCGUUGCUGGAAUGUUUGUGUAACUUUACUGAGAUAUUUUGUAAGCACCUAGAAGGCUACCUCACGGAUGGGGAAGUUCUAAAGAUGACGGAACUAUUCCUGGAGGACAUUGGGUCUGAUUGUGCAACUAAACGAAGGUGUGCAGCAAAAAAUACAAUCUCUUUCGUGCAAGGUUCCCGGAAUCCUGAUUUCUACGCAAACAAUGCGUUCAAUCGAUGCAUCGAGCAGCUGCUGAAAUGUAGCCAAUUACAGCAACAAUCCAACACGGUGCUUGGCGUGAUGGGUUGCUUCCGGGCGAUACUACCGAUCGUGCUACGAAACUGUAACGUGGAGAAAGCGAUUGAAACGUACGAUCUUUGUUUGCAUUUCCUGCGCGAAGGGACACACACCAUCAUAAAUGCAACACUCGAGGUGCUGCUUGUAAUAUUGGCUAACGUUCAGCCAGCGGUGCGCAAGGUUCUGCUAUCGGAACACUGCGAACAUCGGCGUAUGCUUUUGAAGCGGAAAACGCUGAAAAAUAGUAUCUUUAAAAUAAAUCCAAGCGAUAGUCUGUUAUCAUCGCGCAAGUCAAGUACCGAUGCGCGAUCUGACCAACUGUUGCGUCCCGGAUCCUUACCACUAACAUCGACUCCGACCAAAUUUGCACUACCCAUAGACGAUCGAUCUCUGGCGUCGGCAUCGGACAUUGAGCUUGACUCGUUGAAAAGCAUGGAUCUCGAUACAGAAAGCCGGACAGCGCCUGCCCUUCAACUGGAAUGUUCCGGUACACUUGACACAGCAACAUCCGGUGCGAAGAAUUCAUUUGCACCAUCGGCUCCCGACACAUUGUCUCUGAAAAGCCAAAAGUCCACCGACUCUAUCGGUUCGUUCAUCAACACACUGCUCACCAGCUCGAAUGCGGCCGAAUCGGUAACAAAGUUUUUCCGAAAAUCGAUCGAUAAACCACUGCCCGAUGAUGGAGAGGAAGACCGGCUGUCGAUGGAAUCGAUGGCCAGCAGCCACAUGUCGUCCAAUGCGGAAACGGUUCGUGGCGAACUGGAUGUAACGUUGGAAAUAGAUCUUGAUGACGAGCCAGUUACCGUUGCACCGCCGAUGCCCAUUCCAACUCCAACACCUUCACGGGACACGCUGGAAGUUCCGCUCAACACGUCAAUGGUAGCGGAGGAUGUUACUGACAGUGUGAAGGAAGUAUUUAUUGGCACCAUACACGAUCAGAAUAUGCUAGAUUUCACCGCUCGGUUGAUAUGCUCGAGAUUUUUGUUGGCGGGUGCUAGGCACGUUCUGAUCCCUGACUCAGUCGUGCGCGUUUCUGUAAAAAGUUUAUCGAUGCAGAUUAUAGCAGCGUGUGUGAGAAUGAAGCCGGAGCUUCUGUGUUUGCCGCUUGAGAAGGACGCUUUUCGCGAAGAGUUUGCUGUAGUUGAGAUAUUAAACCUCGAGGAUGCUAUAAAUGAAUUCUCACAGGAAGCAUCCGCUGCCGAGGAUAAGUCUGAUAGCGCCACGGACACUGCUAUAGCGCAGCAGGAAGAUCCAGCAUCUUCCGAUCUACUAGAAAUGAAGGAAGAUCACUUUGGCGAAUGCACCAGCGCAACGUACUUUGAGUAUUUCUCUCCAAUGUCACUAAGUCUGGAUCAGGGCUUAAAAUCGAAACUGAAAUCGAUCGAAGAAAACUUUUCAAUCGAUAACAACGAAAAGCUAAGCCGCGAUCUGGACGCUAUACUUUCGCAAUCGGAACCAGGCCCCGGUGCAACCAGCCUUACCGUAGGAUCGUCGGGGACGGCACGCAGAAGGGAAUUGUUAGUGGUACCAAAGGUGAUAACCACAAUCAAAAACGAACAUCGAACCGGAGUGCGAUCAAGCGCAGAAGCGCAGAAUGACAAAGGCUCGUCUAUCACGGCAAUGGCAGUUUCGAACCGUAAGGAACCGGAAGACGAGGAACAGCAACAAUUGCUGGCGGACGUGUUGCUGUUUUACGACAGUCCUGACCCAACACUGCGCGGUACCGUACAAUUGAUUGUGGGUAACUUGUUACGAGCUGCAAUCGAUAACAGUGGAAGUUAUAGACAGUUUGUACGCACAAAAAUAGCAAAUCUUAAUACGCAAGCAUUUGUGAACGAACAGAAGCUGCUUCGCGUUGUGGUGCAGGGCCUUUCGGAUGAAAUUCACACCGUUGCAAACCAAGCACUAGCUUCCGUGGAGCUUUUCUUCAACGCUUACUUCCAAAGCCUUUCCGCUGAAAACAGCGGCGAAAUAUUGAGCGAGAAUCAUAAAACAGUUUAUUCAAACAUUCCGUUCCAGUCGUACAAAAAGAACAUAUUCUUAGAAGACUCGCUCAUAUCGCAAUCGUCCGCACUAGCAUCAACAUUCUACAUGCAAAUGGUUCUCGAUCGACUUUUUCUCCUUGCAAAUAACAAGUAUUGGCUGGUACAGUGUAAGCUACUGGACAUAAUGGUUCAGCUCGAUUACGAUUGCAUCAAAGUGCACGGUCAGCAGGGUGAACAGAUGCGGGAAAACGUACUCGAUCUAUUGCUCACCAGUUUGGGCGAUGGUGAUUACCGGGUACGGAACCAUGCUGCCGAACGAUUAUUACAAUUUAUUGCUAGCAACCACCAGGGUGAUACUAACACACGCUCGAAAUCGGCAUCAUUACACACGAAACAAUCGGUUGUUGCUGAUUUCGUUGACGAGUUUGUUCUCGGUACAUUUGCUUCGCCGUUUGAUCAUCGAAAACGGGAAAAUUCAAACUUGAUGGAGCCCGAAUUUGCAACCAUAAGCCGUGUGAUGUAUAGGAUAAGCAAUCUGCUGCUUAAAAUUGGGGACAAAAAUCUUCAGUCUGGCUUAAUUCACUUUUUACGCAUGUUUCUGGCCAAAUAUGAUUUGUUCUUUUUUGUGAGCUUGUGGAACGAGUACAAUCUGAUUAAUGUGCUACUGAGCUUAUUAAUGGGAAUGAAUGGUAUCGUGCUGGAUCUUGCGGUACAUGCGGAAUUACUAUGGAUUUGCUCACAGAUGAUUGUAGCGGUAUUAUCGAGCUGCCCGUCAUCGAAUGCUGCAACCGAUAAUGAAACGAUGAAUAAAUUCAUCAUCCACUUACUAAAGCUGCUCAACAUCUAUCAUCACGUGUACACAAACGCCUCGCCGCUAGUGAUGAAUCGGGCCCAGAAGGCAGACAUUUUCAUGAACACCAAAGAGCUGGCACAAAUCAACUGCUUUGGAUAUUUCGGUAGCGAUCAUGCGUACAUGAAGUUUUACCAACAAGUGCGCUGCUCCAUGGAAAGCUACCGUAUCACGAUUAAUGCCGAAUCAGGUCAGAAGCUUUUCGAUUGUCUCCGAGCGUCGUUGGAAGCACUGUGGACGCUAUUGGAAAUGAAGUCUCUUUCCGCCAUGACUAAUGGGCUAAAGUUUGUUGAAGAAAUGUUACAAUAUUUGCAAACGUUUCUCGUACUCGAACCGGAUCACUGUAUACGCUGCACUAGAUAUCUGUUGCGGUUCAUUUUCCAUGCUAACUACAUCAAUCGCAUGACGGAAAUGGCGUACUUUCGUAAAGUGUCACUGUCGGAGGAUCCGCUCGAGGUGGCAUCAGAGGAAUUUUUUAGACGAUAUUAUGACUUUUGCAAAGCAAAGUCCAAGCCCAUUACACCGGAAAUCGGUGCGUUCGUGAAACUGUUUGAACCGCUAGUAAUAACGUGCCUGAAAAUCUUCACCAAAAUGCGCUCGUCUGUGCAGGCGAGCAUUUUACAUAUGCUGUGUCAGCUGCUGGACUGCAACAUCAACUACCAGCUGCUGGACGCGAACAGCCUAUUUGUGGACUCCAUCUUCAAGCAUAUCGAAGCGAUCGAACGUGGUACGAUAGAUGAUUCGGAAGAACUGAUGCGUCAGGUAGUACGAUUCCUGUUUCAGCUUAGCGGACUGGUGCGCGAAAAACCAUUAGUAACGAUUCCAAAGAUAAUUAACAUUUGCGACAAUCUGUUGGCAAACAAUGUCAUUCGCCGAACGGCCAUCGCUUCGGUACAAGCGCUUACGCAUGAAAUAUUUCUGCUUCGUCUUAGUCGCAACAGUGUCGUACCGAAGCAGGUGCUUGAUGCAGCGGAAUGCAGCACACAGAAGGAGGUGGUGCUAAACAUGCUGAUGAAGUUUCCGGAUGAGCUGGACGCAUACCGGAUUAUUCCGAUGAUUAUGUACAGCGAGCGGUUGCGUGACGGCGGCGAAACCAACAACUGUGAGUCGGAUGUUUUAAACGCACUGGUGCAAGUUCUGUCCGAUGGAAAGCUUAUGAUCAAGCGCAAUUCGGAUUACUACAUUGUGCGUCGUUUGUUUGAAUGUCUUAGCCGUAGCCAGUUGCUAGAAAGUAAAAUGGUGCUCCGAUUCGUAGAAAUCUUCUACACCACAGCCACUAACGAAUCGUGGAAAAUGCUUCAAAAAAUAACAUACGGAGAAUUGAUCAUUCGCCAAGUGUUUCAACAAACCGAAGAAACUUAUCUUCUGAAUCAUAUUGGAUUGUAUCUUCGUAAGACGAAGACCUAUGUGGAUGAAGGUGUUCCGAAAGAGCAGGAACAUAGUGUCGAUCGUUUAACGGAAGAUGAUGUGCAACUAGCUGCCCAAAGCAUAGCUCGAACGUUGGUUUGCUAUCUACGUGAAUGUUUAACCAUGCUGGAUGAGAUAAAUCUAGCAUAUGGCACGUGUUAUGCGGAUGUUCAAUUUAUGUACGACGCCAUCCAUCGGUACAUCAGUACGCUCAGCCAGAUGACACGAUUUGCUGCAGUUAGCCGGGCUCUUGCCGAACAGAUCCCGUUAGAGCUGAUCCAUUGGCGUCGUUUGCCGGUAACAGUUGCACGAUGUCUGAGCGAAGUGUUAAUCAAACAUGGAUUCGAUGCGGAACUGAUGCUAUCGCUUAUACGCAAUGAUGAGUAUAGUGUGCGAAAUGAUCGUCUAGUUGCCGCACUGAUCGAGGCACUGUUGGAAAACAAACCGAACGAAUCGAAAUGGGCUCGGCAAGAAGUUGGUGCAUUAUUGGCGAGUGAAACUUUGCUUCUUUCGGUGCAUUUUCAACCACUGCUGUUAUGUCACAUUACGGACGAUGAAUUUUCAAAACAAAUCGUGAAGACAAUCAUGAACAGCGUGGAGAGCAAGCUCACCACUAUUCAAUGCUCGUUGCUAGAAAAAGCCUCACUCACCACGUUGCCGCUUAUGUGCAGUAGGCUUACAGAUUUACUUGAUACGGUCAACAUAGUGACAGCACGCAACGCCGCUCUUAUCCUCGAUCGCAAACUAGGCGCACUGGUACAGUUAGGUGCUGCUGGGCUUAAAGAUAGUGCGGUACUAACCGUACUGCCGGCGAGUGAUUUCCAACAUCUGUAUGUGCGCUUUAACAAUGAUCGUAAGCGAAAGUUUCCCAAACUAUUCAAAACGUUGUCCCAGCUGAGAGAAUGCUAUGAAGGCAUUUGCUUGGUGGACGAAUGCAUACAACCAGUACUACCAAAGAUCGAUGCAAUGGCGCUAAAGGAUCUACUCAUCGAUGAAGCAUGGUUUCUGCAACAAGUUUCAUAUCACUGCACCGAAACUUCGUAUACAAAGGCUCGUAACGUAGCUAAAAUGUUGCUGGAAAUCAAAUCUGAAAGCAAACUGAUAAAUCUGCUCUCGAGCGGUUCGCUAAAUGUGCGACUGCUUCGUGACAUCAUUGCAGUAGCAUUCGAAAGCAUGUUUCUUUCCUUCCGGACCGAUUGUGUGCAGUUCAAUCCGCAUCUAAACUAUUUGAAGGUACACCCGAUGCUGAAGGUGGCAUUGAUUGUGUUGAUGCGUAAACUAAACGAAACGAAACAAAAACCACAGCUAGAUACGGUGGCUACGGUGCACUGUGCCGAAUCGGUCAUCUGUUUCCUGGAGUACCUGAAGAAGCUGGAGCACCUUUGCCUUUUCUACAUUGAGGGCAAGCUAGUUGAUCGUUUCAUUAAGGAGCAUUUGCUUAAGUCCAACUUCUUCGAGACGCUACUCUCGUUCGGAAACGUGUGUGCGCGUUCGUUGGAGCAAGAAUCAAUGGAAAAUGUUACGCGGAUCGAGCUGUAUCUGAAAUGCAUUGGAACCAUCGUUCAGCAGCGCUAUCUUUGGCAUGAGCUGAACCAAAACGAUCGUUACCAUGACGAUGUGGAUCAUUAUAUUAAGAUUCUGUACAAAUUGAUAGCAAGUUCUCUACGAGACGAUCAACUGUUAGGUCGACGGCAGUUACCGAUUGUGUUUGAACGUUUCCUAGCAGCCGAAAGCUCCGCGAUGCAAAUUUACCUGCAAACGAUCAUCAUUGCGGAAUUUGUGUCCGAUCUUUCAGCGAUGGCAAAGUGCGUUAGUUUGGGAAGCAAUACGAUUUCGAUAAUUGAAUCGUUGGCCAUACCUUUGUUGAAAUUGGAUCGAUUUUAUCCGUACGCACUGACACCGUACGAACUGUACGAGUGUUACGAUGCACUGGAAGCAUUAGAGAACGGCCAUCCAAAGCUACCGACCGUGCCAAUCGAACAUUUGUUUGAUGUUGAACUGUUGGAAAUGUUUUUGAAAAGAGCAUACGUAUUUGGUUUCUCGUCGCGUCAGCAAUUUGAGGAACUAUUUAUGGCACUGAUGGUGCUGCUGAACCGGUCGGAUGAUCCCAUUUUUGUUAGCCUGCUAGAGCAAAGGGAAAUCAAAAAUAUGUGUCUAAAGGCUGUAAUAACUUUGCUCCUGUCGUGCUAUCGAUAUCCGUGGAUUGGAUUUCGGGAGGGAAAGUUUAAUCACACUACACGCAAUCCCAAAAUUAAAUGUGACACCAUUGGGCUAAAGAAACUACACAACAUCCAGCUGUCUAUUCCACUAAGCAACGUAUUUUAUCAGCCCAAUCUGGAGCGACAGUUGCUAAUUGCGGGUUCGGAUGAUCAGUACGCGCUUGACGACAGCAGCGUUGGUACGCUACAGUUCGAUCAGAAUCAACUUUCGUUAGAGUAUUUCUGGGAGUUAAUAGAGCGAACGAGUGAGCAGAGUGUAUGCAAUACGAUGUCAGUAGAAUCGUUAGUCGUUCGGAAUAAGCGAUAUUUUGUAGAGAAAAUUAACAUUGACAUAACGAGCUCGCUGCAGUUGGUCUUCGACGUCUUGAAGCAGUUGAUAGAGGAAGAUCCGGCACUGGUUUUGCCACAUUUGGUCAACUUUUGCGAGAUAGUUGAAAAUCGGGAUCAAAUAUUUUGGUUGAAUCAGUUGUUGCUCAAGCUGCAGGAGCGUGUUCCCAUGGAAGAUACAAUUUCACAGCAGCACAUCAUCUACUUGCUGUGUCGGUUGGCGGCGCUACUAGUACCAACGAUGAAUGACCUGACGCAUCUUUGUACCAUCAUUCCGACGUAUCUUAAAAGCACCCAGCUGUACAUUCGCAACGCAACGCUGCAGGGCUUAAUCUGUUUGCUAGAAUGUCUCAUCAAAACGAACACUUCUAUCGGCACCAUGAAUGACGAACUGCAUUUACUACGCAACGUUAUAGUGAAUUACAUUGUAAAGCAUGGUAUUAUCGAAGAAAGUUCUGGAGCUUUCAGUGAUCUUCAUACGAAGCUUGUUUGGACGUUAAAUUUCUACGUUAUUGAGCACACGUCACGCUUCGUGCCCGAUUGUAAUCUUUUAUCGAAUAGCAUAAUUUCUGCCAACAAUAUUCUCAAGCGAACGACCAAUUUGGACAUUUAUUUGUGCAUUCUAAAUGGCCUGGAACGACUGAUCAUUACCGAUCGAGUUUCGCGUGCACUUCACGAAAAGAUUGAAAAGCUUGCAAUCGAUCUGGUUAAAAUCGACAAUGAGAUGUUUUCGCUGUCUGCGCUAAAACUGCUGGUCACCUGCAUCUAUCGUAGCUGCAACGAGCAACUUGAAAGUACGGAACGCUGCAAUGGUAUUGUGCAGGACGAACCGGACAUCAUAGUGCAGCAAAUCGAUAAGAUUGAGAUACUGUUCGCCAAAAUCCGUACAACCACACCGCAGGGUGCCAAGGUUUUUGGGGACGUGCUUUGCCAGCUGUUACGUGAUCUGCUGCCACCGAACGAGAUUCUCACGAAGGUGUUUAAGGAGCUGAUGAUGAAUCAACCGAACCCGGACAUUAUUGCCGGCGUUACGUAUCAGCUAUUCCGAUCAGCGAUUGAUGCGUCAUACUUGGCGCUGCUGCAGGAAUGGUUGCUCUGUUCGUUGCCAAACUUUUUAUCCUUUCCCCAGGUGAACAAGUCCGUCUGGUGCCUAACGGUAAUAUUCCUUUCUGCGUCAUUGAAUCAGCAUCUGAUCAAACUGUUACCGGAGGUGCUGUCGUUGCCAUCUUAUCAGCAACUGAAUGAAAGAGAAAUUAACAACUUUAUCAUCUCAGCGAAAGAUUUCUACUCACGGCUCGAGCAAAACGGUAGCGGUCAGAGGAUAAAGUUUAAGGAAAUAUUCCGACAGCACGAUUCCUUCAUAUUUCAAAGCCUUGUGCAGUGCUUGUAAGAUAUUGAGUAGAUAUUUUGUGUAAAAGUUCUCUAGUUUUGGCACUGCUCUCUUUUAGCA